GUCAUAUUUGGAUCAUUUAUCGGAAACGGCAUUUAGAAAUUGUUAUAAUGUGCCAUCCAAAUAGAAGUGGAACUGGUAGUUGAAGGACCGUGUGUAUAAUAACAAAAAUCAUAAAUGGCAGAAAACUCUUUUGAAAUUUCACACGAAAGUUUUAUGCUCCCAAGUUCCUCUUCAAAGACUCAAGUGCUUUGGGAAGAGUUGGACCCCAGAGAUUUAGAAAUAGAAAGACUGAAAAGAACCAACUUUAAUCUUCGUUUGCGUGUGUUUCACUUGGAAGGUUGUUUAGGUUUGAACAAAGAUAGUGAAAAGGUUCUUGAAAGAGGAAAGAAAGAACAAGAACUUAUGGAAGAACUGCAACGGGAAGUUGAGAAGAAAGAAGAACUGCUCCUGAGUGCGCGUGAUUUAAUUCGUUCUUUGAAGAGCGAACUUACAGAAAGAAACACUAAGCAAGAUUCAAAGCACGAGAAGGAUCUUUUCGCAGUGGAACAGGUCAAACCUGCAAUAUUUGGUGUGAGUGAUGUUACGCUCAACACGUCAACAGAAAGUGGUCUAAAUUUGGAUACCAACGAUAUAAUAUCUCGCUGUGAGAAGAUCAUGGAGAAGCUUCGUUACUUUACACUUGGAGAAUUUGCAGAAGAAUCGAAACGAAUAUAUACGCACUUGAAAGGACAAAUAUCUGUCCAAGUGGCUUCCAAUAUCGUCGUACAGUUUUUAGAUUUCAUAGAUCGUCUUUUAGCUUCCAUUUUGCAAGGAGAAUUUUUGCUUCGACCGAAUAAUAAGUUAGAGUCACAGCAUGUGCAGACAGAACCUACUGUAGCGCUUCCCAACACGUUCAUGAGCAACUUGAUAAAACUGUUGAAAUACCUUGUUGAUGUCCGACUACAACUUCAAGGAAUUGUUCAGGGAGAUGAAACUAGCCAGCCUGUCUUUCCCGAAACUGACGAUGCUUUUGUGGGCGAUGAAGUCCUGAAGUUGAUGUCCAAUGAAGUUGUUGAUUGGGACCAGAUUAUCGAUCAAAUUAAAUUGCAGAAGGAAGACUUAACCUUGACUUACGAUGCUCUGGAAGAAGCAGAAGGUUUGAGAGAUGAAGCUGUCGAAGCUUUGGAGACUACCGAAGUAGAAAGAGAUGCAGCAGUUAAACUUAUUGAGAAUUUGAAAGAACUUGCGUCAUCUAUUGCAUCGAAUGAUGUGACAGCAUCUCAAAGAAUUUUAGAAGAAAUUGGAGUUGGCUAUGAUUUCAUAGCUAUAUCGAAUGAUUGGAAAGCAGAUGUUCUGAAUGGCGUGAAACAACAGAAUGAUGCUUAUCAGCAUCUCGAAGAAGCUGUGGUGAGUUGGAGAAAACGAUGGGAUUCUUUAACAUAUGACGAUCUUCAUGAAUUUAAUGAGGAUGGAAAGUUUACUUGUUUUGUUAAAGAAGAGAAGAUGAAGUUAGAACAAAAGGUUUAUGAUUUGUCACAGUUGUUUAAGGAAGAACAGGAAAUGUGGAACAAAAAAAUUGAAGCUUUGAAAGAAGAAAGAGACUUGGAGAUUAUGAGAUGCCAACAGCUUGAGGACGAGUCAAUGCGAAUGAUAGAAGAACAAGUUGAGUUACAUAAGACGGAAAUGGAACAAUUACAGAAACAGUUGUAUGAAAGAACAAAAACUCAAGAAAACUUAGAGCGAGAAUUGGAAGCGACUUGCGACAUCAUUGAAGAUUGUAAAUUGAAGACAACAGGUUUCUUGGAUAUGAUGAAAAGGUUAGAGUAUGCCUUGUUGUCUUUGGACGAAAAUAUCCUAGAAAGUAUUCAAAUAGAAUGUACAAAUGAGGAAAUUCUAAAGAAUUCCUUUCAAGUUAUUUCACAAUUGAAGCAAAGAAUAACUUCCACGGACGAAGCCACUCGAAACUUGCUUUAUAUGUUGAAAGAGCAGGAUAGAAAAUUUGAUGCGAAAGUACAACAACUUGACAGGGGAACUUCAAAAUUGGAGUCGAAAGUGUUAGAAUGGUCCGACAAAGUUGAUUAUUUAAGGAAGGAGUUGUUUCAACGGAAUCAGAAAGUGGAAGAACAAAGAAAGAAAAUUAUUCUCUUGGAAGAAGAAGAAAGAGAUAGAGAAUUUCAAUAUUAUUGUAGAGAGGAAGAGCAUAGAAAACAACAAGCUAUUAUUAAGGAGGAGAAGGAGUCCACUUUGAUUGAGUUAUCAACCUGUCGUGAAGAGUAUCGAUUGCUUUAUGAUGAAUGGCUUCAGCUGUGUGAACAAGUUGAAGAUGUAACAUCUGCAUUAGAGCAACAUGAAGUUUUCAGUAAACAGUUAGAGGAAGAAAAGGAGAAUUUAGAAGUUUCAGUUUUUAAAGUGGACGAAGAAAGAAAGCAAAUCGAACACAAGUACAAACAUUUGUACUCGUUGCAUUUUGAAGUCAGGGAGAGUUUGCUUAGAGAAGUCAAACUCUGGAAAGCACAGUUUUCCAGUUACUGGGAAGAUAACGAGAUAUUUAAAGAAACGAUUAGAGCAUUUCAGGAAGAAGUCCAAAGUCGUUGGUCAGAGAUAGUGUCUGUUUUUCAAGAGCAUUACGCGUUGUUAUGCAAUCGAUUGCUUGGCGGAAAUGAAGAAGCUUUUCAAGGUUGGAAGCCACUUGAGUUUGAAUUUGUCCUUCAAGGAACAAAUUUUUUCCCCGAGUUUGUAAAACAUCUUGGCUUAUUGAGUGCAAAUAUCCAACUACUUUCUCAAGAGUUGGAAUCUAGUGUUGUAGUAAAUAAUAUCAGUUCAGUACCAGAGCGACAUUUCAUAUGCCAGCAUGAAGUUACUUUUUCGUUACCUGAGGAAACAGUUCCGGUUGACAAUAACAUAACGGUGACAACAACCACGGAUAGAGAAACGCUAAGACAAAUGUGCAACUUUAUUAGAUCUUGGAAUAUGGAAGGAUGGUUCCAAAUAAUGAUGAGACGGCUAUUAGAGCUGAAAAGAAAGUUGACAAGACUUGAAGAGAAACAGGAAAGGGCUUUGUCGACUGUAAAACUGCGAGAUGUUCGUUAUUAUAGCUCGACCAUGAAAGAGUUUUCCGCUAGUAAGGAACCAAAAAUUCGCAGGCGCUUCUCAUUUUCACCAGCUACUGGUCAAAAAGUUUCUCCCUUACAGUAUCUGCGAUGGAAAGAGAGAGAACAGGAAGAAGGGAUAUUGAGACACAUGAGAGAUAAGUGGUCGGAAUCUCAAAGAUAUAGAAAUAUGUAAUACAGAAAUGUCAAACUUUGACCAAUCCGUAAAGUGUUUAUAAGAUUUGUCAACUUUC